UUCUCCAAAGUAAAAGGAUAUUUGCCUGAAAGUGAAACUGAAGAGGGUGUUUAUCUAAACGCUCCUGCAAUCCAAACACUUGAGAGUCCAUUGACAAAUGUCUUCCUCCCAAUUCUGUAUAUCAUCGUGUUUGCUGUUGGUGCACCUACCAAUGCCAUGGCCAUUUGGGUCUUCCUCUUCAGAACCAAGAAGAAACACCCUGCUGCCAUCUAUAUGGCAAACCUGGCACUGUCUGACCUCCUGUUUGUCGUGUGGAUCCCACUGAAAAUUGCCUACCACUUCAAAGGAAAUAACUGGAUCUUUCCCGAGGGGCUGUGCAAAGUGUUGAUUGGGUUUUUCUAUGGAAACAUGUACUGCUCCAUCCUCUUUAUCACCUGUAUCAGUCUACAGCGAUACUGGGCCAUUGUCCAUCCCAUGUCUGUUCACAGGAGAAGGAAUCAAAUAGCCAUUGUGAUUUCCAUCACUAUAUGGGCUGUAAUUUGGCUGGCAACUACACCGCUCUAUCUGUAUGACCAAACUGUCAAAAUCCUCCACCUUGACAUCGUCACCUGCCAUGACGUCACCAGGAGAAGUCAAGCAAAGAUUCCUGCGGGCUACUUUAUCACCAUGGGGAUUGUGGGCUUCAUCAUUCCCUCCAUAGUGUGCAUAGUGGCAUAUGUCCUAAUGCUCAGGGCUCUGAAAAGCUCCAUGACGGAUAAGCAUAUUGGUCAGAAGCGAAGAAAGGCCAUCGUCCUGAUCAUCACUGUCCUCGUUCUGUUCCUGGUGUGUUUCGCUCCCAGCAACAUCAUGCUACUUGUCCACUACUCCCUCCUGCUCCGCGGUGAGGUGAACAAUGGCUACGGCUUCUACGUCACCACGCUGUGCCUAGCAAGUCUCAACAGCUGCCUGGACCCUUUUGUUUACUACUUCAUCUCAGAGGAGUUCCGGGACAACGUGAAGAACACCCUCCUGUGCAGGAGCAAUCGCACCGUGGAGAGGAUGCGAGUCUCCUUCAGUGCACUAAAGUACUCUAAGAAGAGCAGCACGUACACAUCCGAGUCUGGCAACACGCAGAGCACUAGCUGCUGAUGUGAGGCAGGAGACCGUUCUUAGACUUCAACUCAGGUCACGCUUCCAUUGUUUUUAUGUGUAAACAGUCUUCCAAUUUGUUGGUGGCUCUUUAAAAAAAAAAAAAAAAAAAAAAAAACAUUUUAUAAAACUGGCACUGGCAUUUUCUUAUUAUUUGUGAGGCCCCCUUGGAAGUAAGAGUGUCUCUACAGUUUUAUAUAUAAUUUAUCUUUGCGUUACACUUUCUGGUUUCACCAUGCCCUCCUUCCACAGUGGUAAUGUGCACAUAUUCAAGUUGCCGAGGGACCUUUUACUGUUACUCCGCAGUUUGUUUGUAGUCACCAGUGUACAUGUUAAAAGCACAUUAUUUAUAUUAAAAGACCAGGUGUAUAUAAUCUUUAUUUGUUUUUGUACAUGAACUGAUUUUUCCUCUCUCUUUUUAUUUCUUGCUCAGAAAUAUUCAAUAUAUUUUUCUGCAAUUUAUUUCUGUUCAAUAAAAAUGCUUUCCAUGUCA